UCCGAGUGGACUCCAGGUCUGUCUCCCUCCUGUGGUCGCCCCCUUCCCUGCCCUUUCUCUCUUCUUUUUUUUCCCUCCCCUCUACUCUCUUGAGUCUCACUCUCGCAUUCUUCCCUCAGCCGCCCAAUUCAGUCCUUCUCUUGUCUUUUCUCCCUCUUGUCCUUUGCCCUCCUGCUCCAGUCUGGGCAGAGGUGGGCCCCUUGGCUGGAGCUGGGGUCCUUCUUGGCUCAGUGUGCGUAUUUUUUUUUAAACCCCUUCUCUGGAGUCUGAAUGCAUUGGUGGAAGAAAGCCUGAAAAGCUAUCAUGGCAGCAAGGCCCAAGCUUCACUAUCCCAACGGAAGAGGCCGGAUGGAGUCCGUGAGAUGGGUUUUAGCUGCCGCCGGAGUCGAGUUUGAUGAAGAAUUUCUGGAAACAAAAGAACAGUUGUACAAGUUGCAGGAUGGUAACCACCUGCUGUUCCAACAAGUGCCCAUGGUUGAAAUUGACGGGAUGAAGUUGGUACAGACCCGAAGCAUUCUCCACUACAUAGCAGACAAGCACAAUCUCUUUGGCAAGAACCUCAAGGAGAGAACCCUGAUUGACAUGUACGUGGAGGGGACGCUGGAUCUGCUGGAACUGCUUAUCAUGCAUCCUUUCUUAAAACCAGAUGAUCAACAAAAGGAAGUGGUUAACAUGGCCCAGAAGGCUAUAAUUAGAUACUUUCCUGUGUUUGAAAAGAUUUUAAGGGGUCAUGGACAAAGCUUUCUUGUUGGUAAUCAGCUGAGCCUUGCAGAUGUGAUUUUACUCCAAACCAUUUUAGCUCUAGAAGAGAAAAUUCCUAAUAUCCUGUCUGCAUUUCCUUUCCUCCAGGAGUACACAGUGAAACUAAGUAAUAUCCCUACAAUUAAGAGAUUCCUUGAACCUGGCAGCAAGAAGAAGCCUCCCCCUGAUGAAAUUUACGUGAGAACUGUCUACAACAUCUUUAGGCCGUAAAACAACGCAUCCAUGUGUGAGUGAGAGCGUGUUCCUAGAGAUGGUUCUGUCUACGGUCAUGUCUUAAUGGAUCCCAGCUCUGUCAUGGUGCUAUGUAUUAAGUUGGGUCCUAAGUUGGGUCUUUUGUGUCAAAGAGAUCAUCUCUUCUAGAAAUAUCAACCUUUUUUGUCCAGUAAAUAAUUGUUAGGGGAUCUUUUUUGGAAAACUUUUUUGGAGAGGCUGGUAUCGGGCUACUCAUGUACUGUAGCCAGUUCAUCCUCCUAAUAAGAAUGGGCAGCAUCUCUUGUUCUCUCCUGAGCGUCUUUCUGCUCUCCUUAUCUUGUUCUCUUAUCUUUAUCCCCUCCAGUCUCUGCCUAAUUUUUAGUGUUUAACAACAACCGAAUGUCCAGUAAACGACUCUCCUCUGAGCUGUAAUAAAUAAAAUGGUAUUAAUGAAUGCAAUCAGUAUUAGUCAAAAUAAAGAAUUUAUGAGUCAUUGCUCA